GUCCGGCGAAGUGUGCGAAACUGCGGACUGAAGUGAAGUCUGAAGAGGAGGAAGUAGUUUUUAAAAGAAUGGAAAUGCGUUGAGGCACAGUUGAAGUUUUGCGCGCAGGGACAAGUCUAAUUUCCGCUACGUUAAACGAUUUGACUUCUAUGACAUCACGGAAGCCAGUAGUGGUCAAGCUAGGUGAAGCGAAGCAGCACACUCGGUUUUAUUAUUCCAUCCAUCCAUCUUCUACCUCCACAUGAGGGUCGCGGGGGGAGCUGUGCCAAUCUCAGCUGACAUAGGGAAAGUUCUCCAGUCCAUCGCAGGGCCACAUACAGACAAACAACCAUACAGCUAUGCCUGCACAGCCUCCUGUGGUGCAGCCAGAGGAGGAGAUGGAGGCAGAAGGAGAGUCGCAACUCCCCCAGGCUAAUGGAGAGUUAGAGGAACUGAGAGAACAUGAAGGAAGAGGAGGUGAAGGUGGGGAGGAGAGCAUGGAGGAGAGAGACAGUGACUUAGAUGAGAGUGAAGACGAAGAAGAAGGAGAAGAGGAGGAGGAGGAGGAGGAGGAGGAAGAAGAAGAGAGCUCGGAGAUGGAUGAUGAAGACUGCGAGCGAAGGAGAGGGGAAUGUCUCGAUGAGAUGCUCGAUCUUGAAAAACAAUUCCACGACCUGAAGGAGAAGUUGUUCCGGGAGCGGCUGAACCAGGUGAAGGUGAAGCUGGACGAGGUGUUGACAGGGCAGGCUGGAGAAUACAGAGAACCACUGGCUGCACUACAGAACAGCAUGCAGAUACAAACGCACGUGGCUGGAGUGUACAGAGAAAUUUGUCUGCAGAUGAUCAAACACAAGCAUGAGUGUGAAGUGCAAGGAGCAAGGCAGCACCUGGAGAGCGAGCGCACAUUACUGUUUGAUGCCAUGAAGACUGAGCUGCUGGAGAAGAUUCGGAGACUGGAGGAGGACAGACAGAAUAUAGACCUCACCUCAGAGUGGAGCGAUGAGAUGAAGAGCAAGAAGUGUAAAAGAAAGAAUCUCUUUGGUCGCACAGAGAGAAAAAAGAAAGUAGCUCUGGUCUCAGGACCUUUCAUCGUCUACAUGUUGAGAGACAUCGACAUCCUUGAGGACUGGACUGCCAUAAAGAAGGCAAAGGCAGCGCUGUCGCCACUGAAAAUUAAAGCUGAAAUUUGUCUUUCAGAGCGGUGAUGAAAGGAGGCUCCGAGCGGCAGACACACACACACACACACACACACACACACACACUUCCAGCUCCUUCACACUAACAGCUACACUUCUGUUUGUUAUCUGUUGCUAUUUAAAAUAAGUUCUUAAUGAUAUGACAACCAUGUAUUUAUAGAAUGAUUUGUGAUGGUGAUUAAAAUUUUAACCUUUUGUCACACAA